AUGGGUUCCUUUGGAAUGCUCGCGAGGAGAGCUUUGGAGACUGAUAUGCCAAUCAUGGUUCAGAUACAGGAAUUGAUCCGAGGAGCAAAGCAUGCUAUUUCACUUGCUCAGGGAGUAGUUUAUUGGCAACCACCAAAACAGGCAUUGGAUAAGGUGAAAGAACUUGUAUGGGAGCCUUCAAUCAGUCGUUAUGGUGGUGAUGAAGGUCUUCCAGCACUAAGGGAGGCCCUGUUGAAGAAGUUGCGUCAAGAAAACAAGAUAACCAAAUCCUCGGUGAUGGUUACUGCAGGUGCCAAUCAGGCAUUUGUGAAUCUUGUCCUUACCUUGUGUGAUGCUGGUGAUUCUGUGGUUAUGUUUGCACCCUACUAUUUCAAUGCCUACAUGUCCUUCCAGAUGACAGGUGUCACUAACAUACUGGUGGGUCCUGGUCACCCAAAGACUCUCCAUCCGGAUGCAGCUUGGUAG